AUGGCGCUGGCCCACGAGGAUGCCACCGGUGCCGUACGGUCUUGCCCGGAGGCCGCUGACAAUAUCGGUCGGCUUUUGGACGAGUUCCGCACGAAGGGUGACAAAGUCAUCCAUGUGCAUCACCACGGUCUUGACCCGGAGGACCCUUUUCACGUCGAUGCACCAGGUGCGGCAGUCCAGCCUUUUGCAGCACCACGGGGUGACGAGGCCGUGAUCAUCAAACACGUCUCCAGCGCCUUUGCGGGAACCUCGCUUGAGGCGGAUCUGCGUGCUGAAAAUAUUGAGCGCGUGGUUAUCUGCGGGGCCACGGCCAAUCAUUGCGCUGAAUCCGCCGCACGCUCGGCAAGCAGUCUGGGCUUUGAGAUGGUCUAUGCCUCCGACGCGGUCUGGGCCUACGAGGCGAUUGGGCCGGAUGGCGUAAGCCACAGCGCCGAGCAGAUACACUCUGUCACGCUUGCAAACCUGCAUGGUGAGUUCGGUGCGGUACACUCCACCGACACCAUUCUGAACGCCUAG